ACCAUCAAUGGUACAAAACCCUGUAAAUGUUUCAGACCUAACCUAGCCACACCAACCCUCUAUUAUCAUCAUAGCCAAGUUGUUUCCCACUUUUUGCUAGUAUAUAGUAUUCUAUUUAAGUUCAGAUACACCUAUGUUAAUUGCAUAUCUUCUCUGACUUCAAUACAUACUAAACCACCAUUUUUAUUCAUCAUCACUACUUUUUGGCCCUUAGGCCUCUCCCUCCUUUUUACACCUUAAAACAUCCUCAUACUGCUCCCAUAGAGAGUCAUAGAGAGUCAUAGAGAGAGAGAGAGAGAGAGAGAGAGAGAGAGAGAAAUGGCUGGUGAGUUGCAGAAGAACAGCAUGUACCUAGAACAAGGUCCAGGGACCUAUGAAAAUGGCGAUGUUCGCAAGAACUUCGACGAUGAUGGUCGUGUUAAAAGAACUGGAACUUUAUUGACUGCAAGUGCUCAUAUCAUAACUGCUGUGAUUGGUUCUGGAGUGCUUUCUCUAGCAUGGGCAAUAGCUCAGCUAGGUUGGGUGGCUGGGCCAGCAGUUCUCAUGGCUUUCUCUUUCAUCACCUACUUCACUUCAACCCUACUUGCUGAUUGUUACAGAUCUCCAGACCCUGUCACCGGCAAGAGAAACUACACUUACAUGGAUGUUGUGAGAGCCCACUUAGGAGGAAUGAAGGUCCAACUAUGUGGACUAGCUCAGUAUACUAAUCUCAUUGGGGUUACUAUUGGAUACACAAUAACUGCUUCUAUCAGUAUGGUGGCCGUUAAAAGGUCAAAUUGCUUUCACAAACACGGGCAUCAUGUUAAAUGCUCAAUAUCAAACUAUCCCUUCAUGAUCAUCUUUGCCGCCAUUCAGAUCGUUCUGAGUCAAAUACCAAAUUUUCACAAGCUCUCAUGGCUCUCUAUAGUUGCUGCUGUGAUGUCUUUUGCUUAUUCUUCCAUAGGCAUUGGACUUUCCAUAGCUAAAGUUGCAGGAGGUGGACAUGUACGGACAAGCCUAACAGGCGUGACUAUUGGGGUGGACGUGACUGGAUCAGAGAAGGUUUGGAGAACAUUCCAAGCCGUUGGUGAUAUCGCCUUUGCGUACGCUUACACCAACGUCCUCAUCGAAAUACAGGACACACUGAGAUCACAUCCUCCAGAGAACAAAGUGAUGAAAAAAGCUUCAUUUUUGGGUGUCUCAACCACAACCCUGUUCUAUUUCCUGUGUGGUUGCGUCGGCUACGCAGCAUUCGGAAACAAUGCACCGGGAAAUUUCCUAACAGGCUUUGGCUUUUAUGAACCCUUUUGGCUAAUUGACUUUGCCAAUGUUUGCAUUGCUAUCCACCUUAUUGGAGCUUACCAGGUUUUCUGCCAACCCAUCUUCGGGUUUGUAGAGUCACAGAGCAAGAAGCGUUGGCCAGAGAGCGACUUCAUAACAGUCGAUCACAAUGUGAGCAUUCCAUUUUAUGGAGUUUACCAUGUGAAUUUCUUCAGGCUGGUGUGGAGAUCAUGCUAUGUGAUAGUAACAGCUGUGGUGGCCAUGAUAUUCCCAUUCUUCAAUCACUUUGUGGGCUUGAUCGGAGCGCUCUCAUUCUAUCCAUUGACAGUGUACUUCCCCAUAGAAAUAUACAUUGCGCAGGCGAAAAUACCUAAGUUUUCUUUCACUUGGACAUGGAUGAAAAUACUGAGCUGGGCUUGUCUGGUUGUGUCGAUUGUUGCUUCUGCUGGUUCAAUACAGGGGCUUGCUAAGAAUCUCAAGGAAUACCAUCCCUUCAAGAAUCAAUAAGUUCACAAUACAUCUUGUUGAACAUGUAAGUCAAGCGUUUGGUUGGAUGAAAUUCGUGCCUUGAAAUUGAAACUGGAAAAUAAUUAGUUUAAAGUUUGAACUAAUAUAAUAUGGUCUUCGGUUUCAAUUCUAAGGCUUCAAUUUCACGCUUUCAAACCCACCAGCAAUAUUCUUAGUAUGAAUAUUCAAGUGGAGUCUGGAUGUAUUUUAUAGUUCCAAAUGUUUUAAUCAUGCACCAAAAUGCUGAAAGGCACUUGAGGAGACAUUACCUGAAUUUGAAAUUAUCAAGAACAUGGUUGAAAUUGUAAGUUGUGACUUGUGAUAUAUCUGCAAUUGAUUCAUCGAUCGAUAUAAUGGAUUCUGAAUCCAAAUGGUAGUGUAUUUCUUCUUUA